AAGCGUGAGCCCGGGAGAGGCAGAGAGAGAGGGAGAGAGAGAGAAUCCCAAGAAGCCUCCACACUCUCAGCAUGGAGGCCCACUCGGGGUGCGAACUCACGAACUGUGAGAUCAUGACCUGAGUAGAAAUCACGAGUCAGAUGCUUAACCAACUGAGCCACCCAGAUGCCCCUCGCCUUGAGCUCCUUCUAAAUUAAGAGCUGUUUUAGAAAGACAUCAGGAAAGUAAGACUUGGAAUGACUUAGAGAGAAACUUGGACUAACGCCCUUAUUUUAUGUGUGUGGAACUGUGUUUUUUCAGUUCAUACUCUGUGAGUAUUAAAAUGACAUACCUGGAUGGUAAGCCGUUGAACCAAAAUAGAGAGAGCCAGGUGGGAAGCAGGUGGGAUUUGGGGUCAGCUGAGUUUGGGUGACCCUGUCCAUUCAGGGUACCAUGACUGAUUUGUAGCUGCAGGAGCGGUCCAGGAUGGUCCUAUGGAUUUUGGGAAAUUAUGAAUUGCUUAAGGUCACAGCUAGUGCAUCUAGGACUAGCGCAUAGAGCUCUCGCUUCCUGCCAGCCCAAUUCUGUCUGCCACAUCCUGCUGCUAAAGCUCUACACUAACUAGUUCUGUCCCACUAGGAAACCCACUAAUGAGGGAUUGGCUCCGUAAUAAUAGGCGUUGCAUAGUCCAGUAGUGCUGGAUAGUAAUAGGAAAGAAUACGUCCAGAGGAAAAGUGCCAGAAUGGUGAUUUUUUUUUUUUUUUUUUGCAGAAAAAAAAGUUGUAUUUGUUGUCUAACGACUGCCAAAAGAUCAGUGUUAAAGAAUACUUGGGAAGAAAAUCAUCCGUUUGUCCAUCCAGCCUAGCACAGCUAUUCUAUAAGUUUCUGCAAGCCUUUUUUUAUCAAGCAGGCCAUACAGCACGUACAUAUUUUUAACGUAGAAUCACAGCUUCUUAUUCCUUUGUGGUCUGUUUAGUUAAUGUUGAUGUAAGAAUUUUCCUUAUUUCUGUCUCAUGUUUAUAAUUGUCUGUCCUGAAAGCCCAGCAGUAUUCUGGAGUGUUGUUAGGUUCGGCUCCAUGGAUGUGUCCAGCCCUGUGGCUGGAGUUUGGGUUAUUUCUUGUUUUUGCCUCCCCACACCCAGCUUUAUUUCUCCAGUUAAAUAAUGCUAUAGAGAACAUCUCUGCACAUGGAGCCUUCUGCUGCUCUUGGGUCGUUGCCUUCAAGGAGUAUUUCCAGGAAGCGAAGAGUCUGACGGUUGGAAGCCAGUGCUGUAGUUUUGAGUUUUUGUUUUUACUUUCUGUUACCGCUGUUUCCUAUAGCACAGACACAGGCAAAUCAGUGAAACAGAGGUGUAGUCUAAUGAAUUAUGGGAAGGCAGACACCCCUGGACCACCCCCCAAGUCAAGAGCUGGGACCUUGCCAGCCCGCUGGAAGUCCGUGGUGUGCCCUCUCCCACGCACAAAUUCUCUACACCCCGAGACCAGCAAUUACCCUGACUUUAUUGCUUAUCGUAACCACUUCUUUACCCUCUUUUCAUGUUUUUUCUUAAUUUCUUUUUUAAUGUUUAUUCAUUUUUGAGAGAGAGAGACAGAGCGUGAGCCAGGGAGGGGCAGAGAGCGAGGGAGACACAGAAUCCGAAGCAGGCUCCAGGCUCCAAGCCGUCAGCACAGAGCCCAACACGGGGCUUGAACCCACGAGCCCUGAGAUCAUGACCUGAGUGAAGUCGGACGCUUAACCACCUGAGCCACUCAGAAACAUGCCAAAGGCCAGGAUUUGUUUGAUCAGAUCGUGUACCACUUGGACCUCGUGGAAACAGAUUACUUUGGCCUCCAGUUCCUCGACUCUUCCCAGGUUGCGCACUGGCUGGACCAUUCCAAACCCAUAAAAAAGCAGAUGAAAAUUGGACCUGCUUAUGCUUUGCACUUUCGAGUUAAAUAUUAUUCUUCGGAACCGAACAACCUUCGUGAAGAGUUUACAAGGUACCUGUUUGUUUUACAACUCAGGCAUGACAUUCUUUCAGGAAAACUGAAAUGCCCAUAUGAAACGGCUGUGGAAUUAGCUGCUCUCUGUCUACAAGCGGAGCUGGGGGAGUGUGAGCUUCCAGAACACACGCCAGAGCUUGUGUCUGAGUUUCGGUUCAUUCCAAAUCAGACAGAAGCGAUGGAAUUUGAUAUCUUCCAGAGAUGGAAAGAGUGCAGGGGAAAGAGCCCUGCCCAGGCGGAACUGUCCUAUCUGAAUAAAGCGAAGUGGCUGGAAAUGUAUGGGGUAGACAUGCACGUUGUCAGGGGAAGAGAUGGCUGUGAAUAUUCUCUUGGACUGACCCCGACAGGCAUAUUAAUCUUUGAAGGAGCUAACAAAAUAGGCUUAUUCUUUUGGCCAAAAAUUACCAAGAUGGAUUUUAAAAAGAGCAAAUUGACAUUGGUGGUAGUGGAGGAUGAUGAUCAGGGACGGGAGCAAGAGCACACAUUUGUCUUCCGGCUGGACAGCGCCAGGACCUGUAAGCACCUCUGGAAAUGUGCGGUCGAGCAUCACGCCUUCUUCCGCCUGCGGACGCCGGGAAAUAGCAAAUCGAACAGAUCAGACUUCAUCCGGCUGGGGUCUCGCUUCAGAUUCAGUGGGCGGACAGAGUAUCAAGCCACACAUGGGGCCAGGUUACGGAGAACCAGCACCUUUGAGCGGAAGCCUAGUAAACGCUAUCCAUCCCGGAGACAUUCGACGUUCAAAGCAAGCAACCCAGUGAUAGCGGCUCAGUUCUGCUCUAAAACAAAUCCUGAAGUCCAUAAUUACCAGCCUCAAUACCAUCCCAAUAUCCACCCCAGCCAGCCUCGGUGGCACCCUCACUCUCCAAAUGUAAGCUACCCGCUCCCUUCCCCAGGGCUCAGCAGCGCGGACCGGCUGCCUUUUGGCAUCGAGGAGAACGGGGGCACGCCUUUCACUACCAAAGCUUCAGGAAGGCACCACCACCACCACCACCAGCACCAGCACCACCCAAACUAUGGCCUCUCGCUGACUCUGGAGAACAAGGAGGGGCCUCUGAGAUCCCCAAACUCCAGCAGUAAAUCCCUUACAAAACUGAGUCCAGGAGGACCUGCCCUGUUCAGCGAAGCUGCUGCCCAUCUAAAGAAGCUAGAAUUGGAAACUGUAAAGGCGGCGGGACCCUGGCCUGCUCUGCACAUCAACAUAAAUAAGUCUGUGGCGUGUGUUCUGGGUUUGUCACAGGCUGAAGAAAAAAAGGUUUCUGAGAAGACUCUUCAGACCCCACUUUUGCCUUCCCCUGUAGCUGAUCACGUGAAGUGUAACAUUUUGAAAGCCCAGCUGGAGAACGCAUCCCGAGUGAGUGCUCAGCAGGUUGGAAAAGAGGAAUCGACGUUUGUAAAUAUCAAUAAGAAAUCCAGUCUGCAGGAUGCUAAAGUAAGAAGUCCUAUUCCUAUACGUGUGGAAACUACCCAACCAGCUGUGGAAAAGCCGGAAAUCAAGCCUCCCCGAGUGAGGAAGUUAACAAGACAAUACAGUUUUAACCGCAGUGAUGAAGAUGACCUCCCUCCCGACCUGGCCGAGGCAGUAGGAGCGUCCACAGCCGCAACCACACACACCACCACGGCCACCACGCAAGUCUCAGCGCCACUGGUGUCCCCCAAGGGCCACAAAGUCAGCUCGCCUCAGAAUUCAGAAGGCAAGGGCCCGCUGUCCCCAGGGGCCAAGAGUCCCUCUGACCGAGGAGGUGCCUUUACGUUGGAGCCAGGCGAUCUCCUGAUGGACUUCACAGAAGCUACUCCUCUGGCAGAGCCCGCCAGCGCCCCCCACUGUGCCCACUCUCGCUGUUCUCCUCCACUCUCUCCCCCCAUGAAGGAAGAGACCACUGGAGUUUGCAUGCACCCUCCAAUCAAAACGAGGCUGAUAAAAACGUUCCCGGCUGAUCCAGUGACCCCGUUUCCUGAUGCUUUCAUUACAGGGCCACAGUUCGCCGCAGACUUUAGAGACAGUAAGUUACAGUGCUGUCCUGGCCAGUCUUCCCCACUGAUUCCAUCAGUGACCCUGAGGCCUUUGACAGAGACCGUCUCCACCGUGCAGACCAUCUAUACCACGCGGAAGCCUGUUUCUCUGGCAGCCAGUGCAGAGACGCUCCGGCAGGAACUGGAAAGAGAGAAAAUGAUGAAAAGACUAUUGAUGACCGAACUGUGAAAUUCUCCCCUUGUUGCCUGGAGGAUGGCAUGGUGCCUUCUGUCCGUUUUCUUUCUUCGGGCUUUGUGUGCUCACUCCAGCACAACACACAGAUGUGUGCUCUGUUCACCAGGUCUCCAUGGCUGGUUGAAGCCAA